ACGCAGCGCCCUCUAUCGUAAUAAAAUGAAUGUGCCUGGUACCUGCUGGUCGCAUUUCUGGUUCAAGCUUCGUUCGGUGAACAUCCAGAAGCCAUCAACACAUACUCAACAGCAAUGGCAGUGGCGGAUCUUAGUCCCAGGGAGCUCGAGAAGUGCGAAUUCGCGUUCUCCAUCUACGACGCCGACGGCACGAACGUGAUCGAUGCGUUCGACCUCGGCAAUGUACUCCGAGCCCUGAACCUCGCCCCGACCAAUGCGACGAUCGAGAAAGUCGGCGGUACCCAGAAGCGAGGAGAGAAAAAAAUGACGUUGGAAGAAUUCUUGCCGAUCUACGCUGAUUUGAAAGAAAACGACAAGGACCAGGGUGGUUAUGAAGAUUUCCUCGAGUGUCUCAAGCUCUACGACAAGGCCGAAAACGGCAUGAUGCUCGCGGCUGAGCUCUCCAACAUGCUGCUCACCGUCGGUGAGAAACUCGCCGACGACGAAGUCAACAUGGUGCUCAGCGAGUGCAUGGACCCCGAAGAUGAGGAUGGUUUCAUCCCCUAUGCUCCAUUCUUGAAGAAACUCCUUGCAGGAUAGAUUGAGAGGAUAAGCUGCGAGCCGAAUCGAAGAUAAUGUCAUCCUUUUCUUCGACGGAUGUGCGACAAGGCCGCUCCGGCCGUCGAUUUCUAGACCACGAUGUUCCCGACUGAGGUUGUCGAGGCGACAACGACGAAUAAUCAGCGACCGUCGAGCACCACCAACGUUCAUGAACAGAAGAAACAAAACGAACAAUCUCAAAUUCCCGUUGUUAAAAAUAUUUAGAAAAAGUCAAAAAAAAAUACUCUCGAUGACGUCUCUCUGACGCCAAGAACAAUAAAAUAUUUUUCACUAUACUCCGAGAGAGCGUUAUAAGCGUAAGGUGCGAGCCAGCCCAUCGCGAAGCAAAGAUUGGACGAUUAUUUAACGGGGGGAGCCACGGAGCAGGGCGUCACGGGGAACUCGAGAAGGUGGCCCUCGUCUCUCUUGCUUCUUUACGCCCGCGCUCGUACUCACGUGCAUCGUAACCGACCAAUUUUGCAAUGAAAAAUACCUUUUAAUAAUAAAACAAACAAACCGAUAAACUAUCAUGUUACAAAUGUCAUUUUUCAACGCAUCGAGACGCAACAACGAAACAAACACACGCACAAACGCCUCGGCGAGUUUGCUUCAGGACAAUACUGCCUCGAGAUUGAUAAAUAUUUCUGCUCGUUGCUAAUUUUGCAGUUUUGUCUUCAACCGAAUCGCUAACGUACGCGUUAUUUUACUUACUUCUACAUUACAAUGUAUACUUCGAAAUAACUACUACUGCUACUGUUACUUAAAUAAAUCGCACUUCUCGAAUGUCCCGGAAGUGCCAAAAGUCA